CGGCACACCUUCCCUUCAGACCAUACACUGCCCAGCGCAGUCACAGACCUUGGCCACAUUCCCUCAGCCGUCUAUUUAUCAUCCUACACCCCCUUCAAGUCCCUUGGUUUUCUUUUCCGCUCGGUUUCGCCUGGAUCGCCACUAGACUUUCCCUCUCAACGAUACCCCACACUUGGCUUUCUCUUGUUGUCUCUUGGCGACCCGAAUUCAGCGGCUUGAGAUAGUAGUGGAGUGGACGUCAUGUCUUGUCCGUCAGACAACCAACAAGUAAUAGACCAAAGCAGCUUUUGGUCUCCGGAUGGUCUGAAUUGGGACACACAUAGGAUUGGAUGGGUCGUUGCUGGAUCAUGUGCUGCUGCGUCGGUGGUGAUAUCACUAGUCAGCGUAUUGAAACAUGCAAUGCAUUAUAACAACCGUGCGGAGCAACGACAAAUACUUCGAAUAUUGUACAUGCCUCCGCUGUACGGAGUGAUAUCAUUCUUUUCAUACCGAUUUUUCCGGAGUUACACAUACUAUGACCUGAUCGAGACAAUAUACGAGUCCAUAACGCUCAGUGCUUUCCUACUCUUGCUCAUUGAGUACGUCGCCGCAACCGGUUCUGGACAUAAUGUGGACAACGCCAUCGCACGAAAAGACAAACAAUCGCUUCCCUUUCCAUUCUGCUUUUGGCGGUACAGACCUACAAAAGCGUAUUUUAUGUACACGCUCAAAUGGUCUGUGCUGCAAUAUGUCAUAAUCCGACCAGUCCUCUCGAUAGUAGGCAUCAUUUGCCAGAGGAAAGGCGUACUUUGCGAAUCUGGGGCGUGGAGCCUUCACACUGCAAAAGCGUAUAUCACUGUAAUCGACGGUAUCAGUAUCACAAUUGCGUUGUAUGGUCUUAUAAUAUUCUAUGGCCUCACCAAGGAUGAACUCAAAGGCCGAAGACCACUUGCGAAAUUCUUAGCCAUCAAACUUAUCGUCAUGUUCACGUUCUACCAGUCAUUGAUCUUUGGCGCAUUAGAAGGGCGUGUCAUCAAGGCCACGACGUACUGGACUGAGACCAACAUCUCUGACGGUUUAAAUGCUCUUGCCAUUUGCAUCGAGAUGGUGUUCUUCUCUUUGUUUAUGAUGUGGGCGUAUUCGUGGAAUGACUAUAGGGUCAAGGGUGAAGCAAGGACGAGUAUCUGGCGGCCCCUCUGGGACAGUAUCAACUACACCGACUUCGCAAUCGAGAUCUACGGCUCCCUGAAAUUCUUCGUCGACUACUUCAGAGGCAAACCACAUGCACAUGGUCCUCGUCUCACCGAGAUUGACAACGAGGGCAAGACUUAUACCAAGAUGAACUUUGGAGAAGCAUUCGGUGUGGAGGGAAGUGGAAGGGCACCUAGUAGUGAGUCCAAUAGCACGCGUCAACGACCACGACCGAGCUACGAUGAGGAUAUCAGGUUAGCUCCCUACGUUUAUGGUAGCGAUGCCAGCAGUCGGCAGGUCCCGCAACCACAACCCCGAUCGCAGCAUGAGGGGUAUUCUAUGACACCAGCAUCAAGUGGAUCUUUAGACAGUACGGAAGGAGAAUCAUACCCACCUGUGUACCCGUACACGAAGAAGGCGAGUAGAUGAUGAUUUGGUUUUUGAUGAUUUUUCUAUCUUCUAUGUUGCACUUUUUCUUUUUCUGUGAGCAUGCUUUAUUGCUUUGUACGCCUGCCUGUUUGUCCUUAAAUCUAUACCCGCCUUCCAUGGAGGUGUGUUCUUGUAUCAGUAUAGCCAGACAUUCUUAGUGUGAUGCACUUUGUAGCUUACGAGGGAACCAAUUAGAAGUCAGUUCCGCGGCACAGUCACAGUGUGAUCAGCCAAGUCGAUCCAUUGCAGGUAUGAAAAUAGGAUAGAAAGCGAACUGCCAGAGGACCUGAUAUUGAAAACAAAGAGAA